UAGUUGCGAUUGUGUGUGGAUGUGUGUGAGGAGAGUAGGGGGUGAUGUAUUUCGUUGGUCAAGUUUUAUACUCGCGACUCGCUGCAUUCAUUAAAGAGUGGUUCCGUUUGCAGGACGCACCUACGAAACCCGCGUUCCCAUACAUCGAGCCCUCCGGGCCAUUCAAACACUUAUUUUUUUCUUCUUUCAAACUCUCGGUUUAUUGUGACCGUAGCUUUAGUGACCGGUGGUUAGCAGCAGCGCAAAUUCAAAUCAAUAUAUAUACAGGAUUAAUUACAACUUAGGAAAAUGGAGGUGCAGACGUACUUGAUCCUGAAAUGGCUGUUCCUGUUGAUCGCGGCGAAAUCAAUUUUCGGCGACAUCUACGACGAGGACAGGAACAGGGGCGAAUCCUACGAUCCGUACAACACGAACAGGGAUCAAUACGGCAGGGACAAUUACAAUCGGAAUCAGUACGACAGCAGGAAUAAUCAAACGGGAAAUUAUGAUCCUUACAACAGGAAUUACGGUCGUAAUGAACAGAGGUACAAUUCAUCGGAUCCCUACAAUCGUGAUCCGUACAAUGCGAACGAUCCGUACAACAGGAAUCCUAGUGAUCCGAACAACAGGAAUCAGAACGAUCCGUACAACAGGAACCAAAACGAUCCUUACAAUAAGAACCAGAAUAAUCCGUACAACCGUAAUCAGAACGAUCCCUACAACAGGAACCAAAAUGAUCCGUAUAAUAAAAACCAAAAUGAUCCGUACAACAGGAACCCCAGCGAUCCUUACAACAGGAACCAAAACGAUCCCUACAACAGGAACCAGAAUACGUACAACCGCAACGACAACAGAAACGAUUUCAACAGGAACCCGAACGAUCCCUAUGGCGCCAAUGACUCACAGAACAGGAACCCCAACGAUCCGUACAACAAGAAUCCGAACGAUCCUUACAACAGGAAUCAGAACGAUCCUUACAACAGGGAUGGAAACAGGGGAGACUUCAACCGUAACAAUGAUAACCGCGACGAUAGAUUCAGAAACAACGAAAGCAACUACGGAACUGGAAAAUUCGGAGAUGACGAUGGCAAAUGUUGCGAAGAGUAUUGUUAUUCCACUGAUUCAGAUGCUUAUGUUAGGAUGGGCAGCAAGACUUCGUACCAAUUCGUUUACGGAAAAACCUCUAAUCAGCACGUAGUCCCACAAUGUAAACCGGUGCAAUAUUGGAGCGCGUUCAGGGAGGGCACCAGCAUCCCUGAUCGAAUGUCCAUCGAGAGGUACAGGAAUCUGCAGAGGAUUCACGAUCAGAUCAUGAAGAACUAUGGUGAACGCGGAUCCUAUCCGAACAGGGGAAGACUCUGCGCCGAGGAUUACUCCUUGAUAAGAAGUUGGGGAUGGAAUGAGACAGUCAACGAGCACAAGUCCGGAUCUUUGAGUAGCCAAGGUGCCGAAGAUUUAAAGUUCAUCGCCAGAAGGAUUCAGAGCCGUUUUAGGGAUCUUCUCGUCCCGUACAGCGAGACACAGUAUUACUUCGAAUAUACAGAAGGAGACAAGUCCUACGAAUCCUAUCAGGCGUUCAUUCAAGGACUUUUCGGAAACGACGCCCAAAGGGUGCAUGCCACCGUGAGGAAUCCUGCUAGCUUCAAUAGUUACGGAGAUAACAGCAAUCAGAAUCAGAUUUACUCGCCGUUCUCGCAGGGCUCUUAUUCACCGUCGUUCAGUGAGAACCGUGAAUCAUCGCAGUAUGGAUCUACUCCGGAUUCCAGGUGCAAAACUUAUGAGCAACGCUCCGAUGAAGAUAGGAGUACAGCCUCUGAGUAUCAAACUUUCAAGCAGAAACCUGAAUACAGGGAUAUGGUCAGGGAUGUCUUCAGGAGGCUAGGCUUCAGACACACGUUGAACGAUACCAUUAUCGAGGACAUGUACGACUUGUGCAGAUACGAAAAGUCUUGGUUCAUUACGAGACCUUCUCCAUGGUGCGUGGCGUUCACUCACGCUCAACACAAAUUGCUCGAGUACGGCGAAGAUCUCUUCUACUAUUACAGAUCGGGAUACGGACAUGAGCAUUUAAACAAAAACCUAGGCUGUGGAUUACUUAAAGACUUGUACGAGAGAUUUGAACGCAUUGUUGAUGGCUCCACUAAUCAAGCGAAAGGUAUCGUGCACUUCAGGAACAUCGAUGAGAUACUGAAGCUUAUGGUGGCUUUGGGAAUCGGUCAAGAUCAAGGCAUCUUAACGGCCGACAACUAUUAUCAAAUGGAUAGGAGGCAAUGGAGGACCUCCCAGUUGGCGCCGUUCUCUGGAAACAUUGCCGCAGUCCUCUACCAAUGCGACAACCAAAACGACAAGUAUAAGGUGAUGUUCUUCAUGAACGAGAAUCCCGUGGAAUUCCCUGAGUGUUCAGUCGGAUUGUGCUCUUGGGAGGUGGUCAGAGAUAAGUACCAAAUGUUGGCACAGAACUGUAGGUUGGACUUCUGCGAACGCGGAGCUGCACACUCCAAUGCUAGCGCUGCCGUGGUUCUCAUUUUCUCGGCGCUCUUCGGCCUCCUCUCUAAACACCUUUUUUAAUCUUACUUCUCAAAUAGUUUUAGUAUCAAGUACAAUUUUUGCAGCCAUUAAUCGCAGUUUUUUAAGGCUUCGUGUAUAUAACGAGUUCGUCGAAACUUUUAUAAUUUUCUCACUAAUUGUAAAUAUGCAACUGUUCUAUUACGUUUCCGCUGCCUACUCCGUGUAGUUUACAAGAGCUUCUACGUAUAUUGAUUUUGUACAAUUAGAUUUCUAUUUUUUUGUGUUAAUGAAACGAAUGCAUUUAUUACAUUUCUUUCAGUUUCAUUGUGUGUUCAGUAGGUUCGGAGAUAGUUUAUCAUUUAACUACCAAAAGUUACAUUUAUU